CUUUGGCGCUUGUGUUUGGACGGGUUUACGCUGCAUCGAGGUUCCUGGCGUCACACAACGUCUCCUUAAGCUAUAUAGAAUCAUCUCAUUUGCUUUACAAUGUGCCUCUACUAUACUAGGAUGACUUAGGGAUCGUAACUAUAUGAAAUGCAUGUAAUAAACUUGUAACAUAAUGCAUUAUUUAAAUUGGCUUAGUUCUUUUUGCACGUACUCUUGCCAUUUUUACUACAUGUAAAACGCUUAUCACAAGAACGUAAAAGGUUUGAGUAUUUUCCACUUUUCUUAUGUGACUGGACGGAAUGGACUCACUUAUUAGCUGCUAUGUUGACUCGCUUCAGAUCCUGCCUUUAGAAAUCCAGUCUAGGAUAACCGAAUACCUACAGUCAGAUCUACAAAAACGUCACUUAUUGUCACUAGCUAAACGCACUGUGGACAAAAUUCAAGAAUCUGUGGGACAUGAUAUCAAGAAGAAGCAUUUGGAUCAGCUCAUACUUAUCUUAGUCGCGGUACAAAACAUAUGUGAUCGUAGAAUUAGUGAUCUAGAUGAAUUAGAUGAAGUAAUCGAAACCCACUCUUUGAAGCUAAUGAAUGCUAAAAUGAAAGUUGAUACAAAUGAUCCGCAACGUUCCCACCUAAAUACGGAAAAUGUCCCUGAAAGUGAAAUCAACUCCGGCAACUUAGAAGUGUCUAAUACUCAGUAUAAUGGUAAUUUAUUACGGCGCAACUCAGCUCAGGAGUCGAGUUACGAUAAGUGCAUUAGCUACCCUAUACCAAACGCACGAUGCAAUGAUAUGAACUUUCGAGGUAAAGAACGUUUCCCAUUACGCGCUGUUAGCACUAAUAGUCGGAAUGCAUCACGUCGCUCACUAAACAGGUGGGUUCCGGGCGUUCAUCGUUUCAAAUCUGUUUAUUCAGUUAGCAGUACCAACGGUGAUAAUUCUUUGAAUUCGAAAGGUGAUUCGAACAAUAAAUCAACAAGUAAAACUUCAGUAGAUCUAAAACAGCAUAAAGUAGGUGUUGCGUACAAUCGUUACUCUCGAACCCAACAACAGCGAUUCAAAAGUCGUGUAUUGUCAAGACCGCUUCAUUCAAAUCGUGUGAGACCUCAGUACCUAGAGUAUGCUACGAUAAGACAUGGGUCUCGAAGAAGGAAAAACACAGUGUCAAAAUAUACCAAUCCCGAAUCUUUCCGCAAUUAUGAGGAAGCAAAUCUCGUAGGUAGUUUAAAACGUCGACAGGAACAAAGCCAUUCCAAUUCCUAUAAAAACGACAAUUAUUUUGGUUCAUCUAACAAAGCGGUAAAUGAGUUAGCUACUGAGGAUAAAAUAGAAGAGAGAGAUGCUUACGCCUUACUUAGUUUAAAGAGCCCAAAGAGGUUGGGAGAUAGGUCAUCCGAUUGGAAUGCCGGUUACAAUGAAAAUGAAAAUCUGAUUGAUAUAGACUGCAGUAAUAGUAAUAGUCAUGGCACAUAUGAUAUGGGACGUGAUCCAAGUUGUUCUUCACAGGAAACGCAAGUCAUCAGAACACUAACUAACCAACUAACUAAUGCCCAAAACGGUCAAACAAGUCGUCAAAAGAUGUACAGGCUUCGAAGAGCUAGUAACAAUGUACAGUCAUAUCACCGAUCCGAUUCCUCUUUUCCACCCGCAUCACCAGAAUACGGAGCUAAUCGCAGUUGUUUAACACCUCAGAUUCUUACCCACAGUAACACCAGGCGAGGAUGUCGAAGUAAUAACACUGCGCGCCACAAAAUAGAUUCUCAAACGAACAUACGAUCUCCUCCAGGGAGUCCAUUUAGGUAUGGGUCACACGCUGAUGAUAUGAAUUCAUUUCGACACAAAGUUAUUUCAGAAAACAGCCCUAGUCAUAGUAUAAGCGAAGCGAGUGUCAGCCCGGAUGAGCGUCUGUAUUGCGUAUGUCAAAAAGUAUCAUUUGGCGAUAUGAUAGCCUGUGACAACAGGUUCUGUGAGGUUGAAUGGUUCCAUUUCUCAUGUGUAGAUGUCCGAGUUCAGCCUAAAGGUAAAUGGUAUUGCCCUUACUGUCGCGGAGAGUCUUCAAAAAUAAAAAGAUCUGACAUUUAACAUCGUCUUUAUCCCCUGAAAUACAGAUUUUGGAAAAGUCAAAUCUUGAAUGCUGAUGCAUAAUUAUUAUUGUUUUUUCAAAUAAUACUAUAAAUUUAGUUUUUCCAAACCUUCUAUAACUUUUCUGGUUUCCAGUAAUUUGGAACGAGCUUUUUGGUAUGCUUCUGAAUAGUGAGUGAACAAGUAUAUUAAGUUUAACCUACUUAUUAUCGUUGAAACAUCCAUGUGUGCAAGUGCUGCCCUGUAAAAAUAUUGUUUAUUAGUCUUUAAAGAUAACCUACCUUUGCUUUUCAUCACCUGUUAUUGUACAUCUGUUCACCGCCCUGUAUAAAUUAGACCUACACGUAAAAAGAAAUUCAGCUUAGUUCUUUUCGUCCUUCGAGCUGUUACUUACUGUCGAGUGUAUGGUAAAUGAAUCGUAUCAUAUCAGUUAGGUAAUGAGUCAGUUCAACUACUAGAACCACUGUCCGAACAGUAGGUAGCGUAGUAAAUCGAGUGACCAAAUAGUAAGUUUUUAUCGACCAAAAUGGUUAGGACAAGUGUUACGUAUCCCCAAACACCGCCGACUUCGAUGGGAAUUAAUGACUAAUUUAGGAUUAAGCUGGAAGGAAGCCACUAGUAGUAAGGAUGAGCCUUAAUAAUAGGUCCCGUUUCGGUUUGAACAGUUUCUCAACACAUUCGCUAAAUUCAAUUAUUUGUGCGGUGCACCGCCAAUGUCUAUGCCUUCAAAUAAGUAGUGUUAAUGGAUGUAGACUACUCCGUGUAGUUAUUGUCAAUAAUAGUUAGAGACUAGAUGACAGCUCCAAACCGUUUGCAAUGCCAGUGAUGUAUUUAUUCUUUAUUCGCUAGAACCAGAGUCCCGAAAUCACUCAGUAACUUUUUUCUAGACGAAAUCUAUUUUACUACUGUGGGAUUUGUCUUGAUAAUUCUAUCUAAUGCGGUAUGUCAACCUAAACUGUC